AUGGCAACCGAGGAACGCAGCUUCAAGACGCAGGACUUCACGGUGCCGUCGAACGGGUCCGGCGAAACUAUUCAGGUCCGCAUCAGUGAACCCAAUCUCACGUCUGAAAACCUAGGCCUGGAAACAUGGGCAGCCUCACACAUUCUGGCAUCUCAGCUUCAUCAUCUUGGUCCAAAAAUUCAGUUUCCUACGCCCAGCUCGGAUGUCCUUCCUAUCCUGGAACUUGGUGCUGGCACAGGUCUGGUUGGUGUCACCGCAGCAACGCUCUGGAAGCAACCGGUUGUGCUCACCGACCUAGCACCUUUGGUUCCUGCCCUAGACGCCAACAUUCAUCUCAACUCUGAGGGCCUCGAGAAGGCAAACACAACCAUGGAAGCAGGAACAUUGGACUGGAAGCAUCCUACCACAUUACUCGUCAAGGACGAGCAGCGACCUCAGACAGAGGCGCAUGUCAUCUUCGCAGCCGAUACUAUUUAUUCGGAAGAACAUCCUGAAUUGCUUGCAAAUGUCAUCUUGAAGUGGCUCAGGAAAGACAAGGAGGCCAGAUUCUUGAUCGCAUAUCCUUUGAGGGUGUGUUAUAUCGACUACAUCAGAGAGAUGUGGGAGAGACUCGAGGAGGGUGGCAUGGAAGCUAUGGAGGAGGGAAGAGAAGAGGCCAGCCAGGAUCUCUUCAACGAUGAAAGACUGGUUGAAUGGAGUCUCUGGAGGUGGAAGAAUAUGUAA